AUGCAGCUGUUCCGGUCCAAUCACAACUGCCGAGCUUUCUCCGACGCAAUUGUGAACAGUUUGGGUCGCGUCCGAGGACCAGACCUUCCCCCAGCCGACGAGGUCAACAGGGAGAAGGAGCAAGGGCUGGCCUUCAUGCUGUGGUGUUAUCUUCACAGGCAGUGUUCCUUAUCGGUAUUCCUUUCUCCGUCUACUCCAUGCCGUCAAAAGAACUUGUCCUCUGGGUUUACACAUUCAGGCAUCACACGACGACACGCGAGUCAAACCUCAAACACGACGAAAUUAUUGAUUAGCAUCACAUGGAUGCCAUUGCGACUCGGAGCGCUUGACAAUUGCUUCAGACCAAGCUUCGGGCCAACCACAGGGAAUGCCAUCAGAACCUGGCUUUGCAAGGUUCUGUCAAUGUAA